GUACCAUCUAGUACCCCAGCCUCACUGUACAAGUUACCCCCGAAGUCUCCUUCUCCGUCUUAUAAAGUACCAUCUACUACCCCAGCCUCACUGUACAAAGUACCCCCGAAGUCUCCUUCUCCGUCUUACAAGGUACCAUCUACUACCCCAGCCUCACUGUACAAGGUACCUCCGAAAACCCUUUCUCCGUCUUAUAAGGUACCAUCUAGUACCCCAGCCUCACUGUACAAGGUACCCCCGAAGUCUCCUUCUCCGUCUUACAAGGUACCAUCUACUACCCCAGCCUCACUGUACAAAGUACCCCCGAAGUCUCCUUCUCCGUCUUACAAGGUACCAUCUACUACCCCAGCCUCACUGUACAAAGUACCCCCGAAGUCUCCUUCUCCGUCUUACAAGGUACCAUCUAGUACCCCAGCCUCACUGUACAAGGUACCUCCGAAAACCCUUUCUCCGUCUUAUAAGGUACCAUCUAGUACCCCAGCCUCACUGUACAAGGUACCCCCGAAGUCUCCUUCUCCGUCUUACAAGGUACCAUCUACUACCCCAGCCUCACUGUACAAGGUACCCCCGAAGUCUCCUUCUCCGUCUUACAAGGUACCAUCUAGUACCCCAGCCUCACUGUACAAGGUACCCCCGAAGUCUCCUUCCCCGUCUUAUAAAGUACCAUCUACUACCCCUGCCUCACUGUACAAGGUACCUCCGAAAACCCUUUCUCCGUCUUACAAGGUACCAUCUAGUACCCCAGCCUCACUGUACAAGAUACCACCCAAACGUCCCCCGUCGUCCUACUCAGCCCCGCCACCCCAGCACACAGCGAAGCCUCCAUCUCAGCUCUACCGGGCGCCUUCGAAGCCUCCUGGCCCCUUUUACAAGCCCCCGACCACUUAUUCGCCACACCUGUCGGACGGCAACACACAGGCGCAGGUCGGGUCCCACGAUUCCACGGCGCUUCCUUCGCACCCACGCAGCCGCUACCGCUUCGAGUACGGCAUGGAGGACGAGGGGCCGAGACCACUCUUCGGCCACGCGGAAGCCGGCGACGCAGCCAAGAAGGACGGGCAGUAUUUCGUGAACCUCCCCGACGGACGCACGCAGACGGUGUUCUACCACGCCAACGACACGGGGUAUUUCGCCCGGGUCGUUUAUACGAUGUCUGGAGGAGCUGAGGAUCGUCUGAAGAGCGCUGGAGGAAGGCCGAGGGCGUCUUAUCCUUCAAGGGGCCUUAGAAAGUCCCUCUCGUCUUAUCCUGACGCGGGAGGUAAGGCGGGGAGACCGAAGGCGAGCAACAGAGCUGGCAAGGCUUCUGAUUACUCCAAGACGAAGAAGACGAAGACUCCUGCCAAGGAUUUCUAUAAACCUGUCUAUCUAUAUCCUAGGAUUCGUGUGCGGCCCAAGUCCGUUCCAGAGUCUCUCAGUUAUCCACAUUCCAUGAGUCGAACGCCGGUUUCAUCUUACUCGCUAUCAACAGCUUCUCCUGGAGAAUCGUACACCAAAACUCGCGCUCCUCUUCGUAGAAACUACGGCUUAACUACUCGCUCUCCUACUCGCCAAGCUUAUACCUCUUUCACUCGCUCUCCUUUACUCGAGGCCUACACACCAGCUCUCCUCGAGAACUCCAACAGGGAACCAUAUCUUCCCUCGUCUCUGAAAUUCACUUUAUCUCCUCGUCCUCUGUCGAUAUUCUACACCGUCGUGCCAGUCGUCAUUCCCGUGGACGACCGCAACCCUCCCGCGGUAGCAGGCAAAAGGAUCGCCCGGCCAUUGCACAGGGCCCUCGCGUCCCACAGGAAGGAAGUUAACAAGAAAAGACUGGCCAAGGCGACGAAGUACAACCAUGAAGACAGCCACGUUCUCAGAGAACUUGCGGAGUAUGAUGAGGCCGCGGAGGAAUACCUGUAA